AUGUACGGCUUCUCGAGCUACGGGCGGAUCACGUCGCCCGACUCUGCGCCGUCGUCGCCGGUCGACGGCACCGGCACUGGCGGCACGGGAGGCGCUGGCACUGGCAACUCGACGCCCUCGGUCCAGUCCGCCACCAUGGAUGGCCUCGAGCCCGCGCCCUCGCAGCAGACCCAGCCUGCUCAGUCGGCGCCGCAGCAGACUCCCCAGCACCAGACCCCUCAGCAGCAGCAGCAGCAGCAGACGCCCGGUACGCCAGUGACUGCGAACAUGGGUGCACCCGAUGGCACCCCUGGAGUGCUCCAUGCGCCGACUCAGCAGACUCAGCAGACACAGCAGUCGUCGCACUCCCAGCAGCAGCAUUCUCCUCCCCAGUUGCACACCCAGCACACUCUGGCUCAGCCUGGUCAGCAGCCACAGACCGGUCAGCAGCCCCAGCAAGGUCAACAGCAGCAGGGACAGCAGCAGCAGCAGCAGUCUCAGCCCGGCCAGCAGCAGCACGGUCACCACCAGCCUGGCCAGUCCGGCCAGCCGGGCAGCCACCAGCUCUACCCGCCCACCGCGGGGACGUUUGCGCCUCCUCCCCCUCCUCACAUGAACGGGAUGUACUUCUCUGGCGGAGUGUGGGGCUCUGCACUCGACCCGGCGCUCGAGUUCUCGCGUGCUCACCAGCAGCACUCUCAGCACCCUCAGCACCAGUCUCAGCAUCAACAGCAGCAGCCGACGGACCCCUUGCUCAUGUUCCCCAUGGGCUACAACUCGCGGCGCCGUGACGCUCGCUACCCCGAGACCGGUGGCCAGAACCACUUUGUGCACACGCACCCUUCCCCGACUGACAGGAAGUACGAGCAGCACUCUGCACCCACUCGCCCCGGCCCCAGCGUGACCGGCAGUGGCAGUGGCAGCGGCAGCAGCGGGCAGCAGUACAGGGAGAACGGCCUGAACCACGACGACCCCAACUACGACUACGGGGGCAGCUACGAGUAUUACGGCAACGCACCCGGCGCGCCGGGCGAGUACCGCUACCCCACGGCUCAAGCGCCCACGAUUGACGGGUACGUGCCGCCGCGCCUGCGUCCGGCGCCGAGCCAGCGCCUCUGGGACGAGCAGUACACGAACGGCUUCCACGAGUGGAACCACCACCACGCCCAGCACCAGCACCAGCAGGGAAGCCACUCCCACUCGCCCAGCAUGCAGGACCAGCAGCUGCCUGGCGGGGGCAUGAACUCGCUCGGUCUCGGCCUCAUCCACUCCAACCCUGGCGCACCUGCCGGGCACGCGGGAGGCUCGAUGCCGCCGCCGCUCGCGAACCACAGCAAGAACGGCCCCCCCACCGCCGGACCUAGCCAGAGCGGAGAGAACAAGAGCCCCACCAGGCGCAUGGCUAGCGCUCCCACCACGGUGAGUCCCGUCAACAAGGUGAGAGCGAGGCUGCCCGAAACGACUGGAGGAAAGCUGACAAGCAGCGACGGUUCCAGUGCGACGACUGCGGCGAGGCGUUCACUCGCCGGAACGAUCUGCAGGUGCGUAGACUAG